ACACACACCAACAAAACCAAAACACAUGACAGUCAACUAGAAGUGAUUUUGGUAGGAGAUUCUUUAUUUUAUCAAAAGACUUAAGAUUACUUUCUUUAAAUAGUAAGCACCCUAGAGAUUUAAAAAUAGGAUUUGAAUGAUAAAAAUUUGAUUUACCAGCAGCAUUCCCCAGGAAUACAUCUCCAUACACUGCCUGUCUGUAGCCAGUAUAUGAAAUUAUAACCUGCUAAGCACAUUUCAGAGAACAGUCACAGAAUGCUUUAAAUUAGAGGCAGCAGGAUGUGAUAUGUUGGUAGCAUUCACGUGUAUCCUGAGGAGUGUUUCCAAGGUCCUGUCCAAUAACUGAGAAAAUAAAGGGACUAACAGAUCAGCUCUAAUUUCCCGUCUCUCUUCUGAAUUGACUUGGAUACCUGACACCCUCAUUUCCAGAGUGGUAUAGUUUUUUCUUCUCCAAAAGCAGGACCAGCUAUGCUGGAUGUUUAGGUUCAGUCUAAUACAUUUGAUUCUUCUUAAUCAGCCAUGAUCUUUUCAGCCUCUAGACUGAGUUUGUUAAAUUAUCCUUUUGGUGAUAGAGAUUAAACCAGUCCUGCCCCCCAGUGGAGUGAGCAGGAUGUGAGGAAGGAGUGGAAAGAGCUGGGCAUUGGAACCAGUAGAAACAUGACUAAACUGAAUAUGAAAUCUAAUCUGGUUUGGAUCUUGUGACAGGAAGACUUGUGUUUAGAAGCCACUUUCUCUUGUGCUUAAGUUCCUCCAGAUCCACUUUUUCUAUUGAAGUUGGUGGCAUAUUUUGCCUCAAUACCCUUUGAACACUAAAGUCAGUACAAGAAGAGAAGGCCAUUGCUGGCAAUUUUAUGCCCUUUUAUUUCUUUAACCACCACAUUCGUACCCCUCUCCCUUCCCUUCUCACAUUAGAAAUGACGAUCAGGUAAAAAACCUAUUUGCCAUUCACAGCAAGUAACUAAAAACAGAUCUAUUAUGAUAUACGAUGAAGAUAAUUAUUGUGAUCUCCCUACUAAGCUCAGCCCCAACCCCAGCUGUUUCUCUUCUGGAACUGGAUACCCACGUGGGGGCCUGAAACACCCUUCCACUCCUACUUCAUACACACUUACGCUUGCUUUCUCUAUAGAUUUUGUGGGGGAGGAAAGAGUUCCCAGUACCGUUGUGUGUGAUUGGGGAAGUAAAUAAUUUGUUACCAUGGAAUAGACUUCUUGCAUUUAUUUGAAGAGGAUUGAAAUCAGGAUACCAGACAUAUCAUUAACUUAUACAUUAGUGCUAGCCACAGGGAGGCCCUAGGGAUUCAUUCUAGGAAGAUGGAGGGGAUUCUGAAUCUAUAAAAAGAAAAACCCACCUUAUUCUGGACUUUUCAGUGGGUUAGCUCCAUUGUCUCUGCCAUUUGCAAGUAAACAUUAGCUCAGAAUCAAGAUGGUGGUUGGAAUGCAAGUCAGGAGUUGAAUGUAGCUCUCCCAUCUACAACCAUUGAGGAAUAAUUUCUCUGGAACUAGGAGUAUUGAAGUUAAGUGACCUAGCACCAGAAUUCUAGAAUUGCAAGGGCCUUCCUUGGGGAUCUGGUUGUUUUGUGAACCACACAGUUCUGGUGUAUGAGGCCACAUCUCAUCUGUCUACCCCAUAGGAGGUUUGUCCAGUACUCAGUAGCUCCACUGACCAAUACAAGCAAGCCAGCUUUUUUCCGAGGCCUGAAGUGGUCACUAGGGAAUGAGAAGGAAACAGUGUCAUGUGGGCUGUGCGUGUGCCUUUGCUUGGGGGAAAUCUUCUCCCUUAACACACUGGAAGGGGGGAUUAUUAACAACUCAUUGUCCCUAGUAGAAAAUAAAUCCCAUCCUUGAAAACAGUAGCAUAGUCCUCAGUCAUGCCCCCUUUCUUAGUAUCUCUCAGUGAGGCCAAGAGUGGCGGGAGAUGAGAAUGCCCUGAGACUUUCGGGAGGAGGCAGGAGGUGGUACAUGUGGUUAUCACCCGCAGGUAUUGAUGUUUUUCUGGGCCCACUGACACUGCCCUGGGAAUGUCAUCUCCCAAUGAAACUUCCAAGUAUAAUUUCAGGCCCCCUGUUGAAAUCCUUGAGAACAGAGGAGCCAAGCUAGAGUAGUGAUGGGUUUGGACUUCCUGUCUCAGCUGGAAUGCUUACACAGGUCUCUGAGGGUCUCAGGGGGCUGGUCCUUUGGUUAUUGUACCAUUGCCAGAUUAGAUGUGAGUUCAGCUUUGUCACUCUGAGCCGAAGUGAAAACCCCCAGUCUGGCAUGCAAUGCCAUAUAAAGCAAAGGACAGAAUGAAGAAUGGUGCCUCAUGUUAUUUUACCACUGGUUUUCAGGGGGGAAGAAAGCCUUGAUUUAUAGCAUUUGUUGAUUUCCGGGGUGUAAUACUUCCCUAUAGUUGAUUCAAGCUGCCAACGUGACAUCGUUAAACACCCAGCUGGGAAGAGAUGUGCACAGUCGGGUGAGCUGGCUGAAUCAUGGUGUACAUGCACAGACAACUCACCUCUUGCAUUGUUUCACUUGCCCUUGGCCUGUGGACUGAGCUACAUGUCAGCCUAAGGAGCCAUUAAAUUGGAUUCAAAGAAGGCAGUGGAGCAAAUUUGGAGCCCUGUUGGGUCCACCUAAAAAUCAUGGUGGCCAGUAAGGGCACGUACCUCGAGAUGAUUAUUGGCUUCCAGCAUGUGCAUCUCUUCCCAGCAAUCUCCCACCCCCUAAUAUAUACACACUUGAGUAUCCAUUCUGACCAUAUAAACAUUACCUAAACUCCCAUGCCAGGUCAGAUUCUAGCAAAGAAAGGCAAGGAAGCCCAGCAUUUGAUGGCAUACCAAAAUGCCAUAAUAUUCAAGAUACCAUAAUACCCUGUACUAUGGUGCACCUCCUCUCUGGGAGCCAAAUCCCUGGAUGUAAUUCAGUUCUCAACCCUAGGUGGAUUUGGGUAAGUUAUUUCUGUCCAGUUACUCUGUUUAGAUCAGGGAGGAGGCCAUCAUUGGAAAAGUGGCCUUGGGAGUUCCUCAGUGCGUGGUACCCAGCCCACGUGACUCCUGAGGCCCAUAUGCUCUCCAGCCUAAAGUAAUUGUGUAGGCUUUGUGAUUUGGCCACGUGGGUUGCUGGGACCCUGCUGGGUAAGGAAAGGGGCUGCUGGAGGGUAUAGGGCUCAGCCUAGCAGGCAGGCCAGGAUCUGGUUCCUCCCAAGGUCUGCAGCACCACCGAGAUCUGUUUGGUGUUUGACAGGUGUGCUCUUCUGGUCACAUAUCCAGCUGGACUCCCUGUGCCUCUGCAGGACGGUGGGUUCCUGCCCUUUAAGAGCAGACGUAGUUCUGAAAGCUGAAGCCUUAAGGACUGGCCCAGUGGUGUAGCCUUAGAGCAGUUGCUUAGGGAGAGCCAGGGCAGGGAUUGGGGUGGGAUGUUGGUUAAAUCUUUACGUCUUGGUGUUCACUCUCUCACAUUCUCCAUCUCUUGCAGUAGUAUUUUGCCUUUGAGUAACUGUCCCCAGCUCCAGUGCUGCAGGCACAUUGUUCCAGGGCCUCUGUGGUGCUCCGAUGCCCCUCACCCACUGUCGAAGAUCCCCGGUGGGCGAGGGGGCGGCAGGGAUCCUUCUCUCUCAGCUCUAAUAUAUAAGGACGAGAAGCUCACUGUGACCCAGGACCUCCCUGUGAACGAUGGAAAACCUCACAUCGUCCACUUCCAGUAUGAGGUCACCGAGGUGAAGGUCUCUUCCUGGGAUGCAGUCCUGUCCAGCCAGAGCCUGUUUAUAGAAAUCCCAGAUGGAGUAUUAGCUGAUGGGAGCAAAGAAGGAUUGUUAGCACUGCUGGAGUUUGCGGAAGAGAAGAUGAAAGUGAACUACGUCUUCGUCUGCUUCAGGAAGGGCCGGGAAGACAGAGCUCCACUCCUGAAGACCUUCAGCUUCUUGGGCUUUGAGAUUGUACGUCCAGGCCAUCCCUGUGUACCCUCUCGGCCAGAUGUGAUGUUCAUGGUUUACCCCCUGGACCAGAACUUGCCCAAUGAGCACUAAUGGUCAGAGGAUGCUUUGCCCAAGAGCCACAGUGGGGGAAGAGGGGAAGUUAGGCAGCCCUGGGACAGAGGAGGGGGCUCCUCGCUGUCUAGGGAAGGACGCUGAGGGGCUCAGGAUGAGGGUUGCCUAUUGUGUUCUUGGAGUUGACUCGUUGAAAUUGUUUUCCAUAAAGAACAGUAUAAACAUAUUA